UCUAUGCAGACCGAGCGCUUCAAGUUCAAUGUGUUAUGUUAUGGCUCCUUCUGCUGCUUCUGCAGAACAUCAAAGUGGAGAACCAUUUGGUUUACCCGUUCAAUCAUUUGAACAAAUGACAGAAGGAACCAGCGCACUUCAUUCGGAUUCGUUCUAUUGUACAAUGCCGAACGUUUCAAGUUCAACGUGUUAUGUUAUGGCUCCUUCUGCUGCUUCUGCAGAACAUCAAAGUGGAGAACAACCUGGUUUACCUGUUCAAUCAUUUGAACAAAUGACAGGAGGAACAAGCGCACUUCAUUCGUCUUGGUUUUAUUAUACAAUGUGUGAAGAGGCGACUGAAGUGGAGACGCAUCAUCAGCAAACGGCUACGACGAUGGGCGUCGCUGAGGACGAGACACCGUCUUCCCUGACUUCGUCGCAUCCGAAUACCAACAACCCCAAUCAGGAAGAUAAAAUCGAGUUUUCGGCUGUCAAAUUAAGUCUAUAA